UGUCCGUGAAUGAAGAACACUGACUGAUAUUUUCGAUAGAUUCGCUGAUAAUUGACCGUGGUAAACAAUGUGCGCCCGGUCGAUCCUUCGAUAAAUCGUGUAUUUAUACGUGCUGCGAGUGCGUUAUAGAAGCGUUACAUUACACGCUCAGUUGUAUCCCGACACUUACGCAAACGUUCAUUUAGUUAUUACGUUUGUUGCUCCGUUUGUUGUUGCUUGCCCAUAAUCGGAUGAGAUACAAACAACCGAAACGGGUGCUUUACUUUCCUAGGGCCAGUGUGGAGUACGCGACAACUUCAUAAAUACAUACGUCGACACCAGUGCGAACGUGCGCGAAUCUACGUAACCGAAUUUCUUCGUUGUUGUUACCGACCAACGAUUUGUUUCCAAUCAAUACGACUUCUAGUGAUUUGCCACUUUUAGUAAAUCGACUACGAUGAUUUUCUUUUUGACAAGAUAUUCCGCUGACUUGGGGCGUUUUGCCAAGCAAUUGGCCCAUCCAAAUGUGGGUCUUUUCAAUCAUCUCCGCGGCAUCAGCGUUGUCCAUGGCGAUUUGAAGCAUUUGACACCCAAGGCUAGAACUUAUCUGGAGUCGAAUGUGGAGCUGUGCCAACCAGAACGCAUUCACAUCUGCGAUGGUAGCGAAAGCGAAAACAAACACUUGUUGAAUCUUCUCCAACAACAAGGCACCAUUGUUCCUUUGCCCAAGUAUCAAAACUGUUGGUUAGCUAGAACCAACCCUGCUGACAUUGCCCGCGUUGAAUCCAAGACCUUCAUCUGCACUGAACGCCGUGGUGACACCAUUCCAACACCUAAAGAUGGAAUCAAAGGAACUUUGGGCCACUGGAUGUCCCCUGCUGAUAUGGACAAGGCUGUUAAAGAACGCUUUACUGGUUGCAUGCGUGGCCGUACCAUGUAUGUGGUACCCUUCUCAAUGGGUCCAAUUGGUUCCCCGCUUUCCAAGAUUGGUAUUGAGUUGACUGAUUCCCCAUACGUUGUGUCUUCUAUGAGGGUGAUGACUCGUAUGGGUAAAGCUGUUCUUGACGAACUCACCACCUACGAUCAAUUCGUCAAAUGCCUUCACUCUGUUGGCACACCUGCUAACGGUACGAUUGAGAUGCCGAGCUGGCCUUGUGAUCCCGAACGUACUAUUAUCUUGCACAAACCACAAGAGAAUGAGAUUGUCUCUUAUGGUAGUGGAUACGGUGGUAACUCCUUGCUGGGCAAGAAGUGCUUUGCUCUCCGUAUCGGUUCUACUAUUGCCAAGCGAGAAGGAUGGUUGGCGGAACAUAUGCUUAUUUUGGGCAUCACCAAUCCAAAGGGUGAGAAAAAGUAUAUUGCUGCUGCUUUCCCAUCGGCUUGCGGUAAGACCAACUUGGCCAUGAUGAAUCCGUCUUUGCCUGGGUACAAAAUUGAAUGUGUGGGUGAUGAUAUCGCCUGGAUGAGAUUCGAUGAAAAUGGACAACUGAGGGCGAUCAAUCCUGAAAAUGGAUUCUUUGGUGUUGCGCCUGGUACUUCCAAUGCUAGCAACCCUAAUGCCAUGAAGACCAUCUUUAAAAACACAAUCUUUACCAAUGUUGCGUCUACAAGUGACGGUGGCGUUUUCUGGGAAGGCAUGGAGAAAGAAAUCAACUUUGAUAAUGUAAAGAUUACUGACUGGUUGGGCCGUCCCUGGGUUAAGGGAGAAACCAAGACACCUGCAGCUCAUCCUAACUCUAGAUUCUGCUCACCUGCUGAGCAAUGCCCAAUUAUCGACCCUGCUUGGGAAGCAUCCGAAGGUGUACCAAUCUCUGCCAUUCUCUUUGGCGGUCGUCGUCCAGCUGGUGUACCUCUAGUUUACGAAGCCAAAAACUGGCGUCAUGGUGUCUUUGUCGGAUCAGCAAUGCGAAGUGAAGCUACUGCUGCCGCCGAACACAAAGGUAAAGUGAUCAUGCACGAUCCCUUCGCUAUGCGACCUUUCUUCGGUUACAACUUUGGUCAGUAUUUGUCUCACUGGCUGAGCAUGGAGCAACGUUCAGAUAAACUCCCAAAGAUUUUCCACGUUAACUGGUUCCGCAAGAGCAGCGAAGGUAAAUUCUUGUGGCCUGGAUUUGGCGAGAACUCUCGCGUCUUGGACUGGAUCCUUCGAAGGAUCGAUGGCGAGGAAUGUGCCAAAGAAACUCCGAUUGGUUUGAUCCCCAAACCAAACACUUUGAAUCUCGAAGGUAUGGAAGAAGAUGUAAACAUGGAUGAGCUCUUCGACAUUCCCAAAGCUUUCUGGGAAGAGGAAGCGCAAUCAAUUGACAAGUACUUUAAGGAACAAGUCGGUGAGGAUUUACCUGCUGCAAUUGAUGCUGAAUUAAAGAAUUUGAAGAACCGCAUUGACAACAUGUAAGUGUAUUACCUUUAUUAAGGUAGCUCAUUACUAUUAAGUUUAUAAUUAUUUAUGUGAUAUAUAAAUAUGCCUAAUUGUAUUUUAUAAAAAUAUACAACUUAUUUUUAAAUAA